AUGGAAUGGUCCGUCGGACUCCUGGCCUGCCUAGUGGGCCUCCUCCCGAUGGGUUCAUCUGCAAGAACCAAAAGAGAUACUACUGGGAACUUGGUCAACACAGAGGUGCACAGUGCGCCGGCGCAGCGCUGGUCCAUGCAGGUGCCGGCCGAGGUGAGCGCAGCGGCGGGCGAGGCGGCCGUGCUGCCCUGCACCUUCACGCACCCACACCGCCACUACGACGGGCCGCUCACGGCCAUCUGGCGCGCGGGCGAGGCCUACGCGGGCCCGCAGGUGUUCCGGUGCGCGGCGGCGCGGGGCAGCGAGCUCUGCCAGACGGCGCUGAGCCUGCACGGCCGCUUCCGGCUGCUGGGCAACCCGCGCCGCAACGACCUGUCGCUGCGCGUCGAGCGCCUCGCCCUGGCCGACGACGGCCGCUACUUCUGCCGCGUCGAGUUCGCCGGCGACGUCCACGACCGCUACGAGAGCCGCCACGGCGUCCGGCUCCGCGUGACCGCCGCCCCGAGGAUCGUCAACCUCUCGGUGCUGCCCGGGCCGGCGCACGCCUUCCGCGCGCUCUGCACGGCCGAGGGGGAGCCGCCGCCCGCCCUCGACUGGUCCGGCCCGGCCCUGGGCAACGGCUCGGCGGCCGUGCCGGCCCCGGGUGAGGGUCACGGCCACCAGGUGACCGCCGAGCUGCCCGCGCUGGCCCACGACGGCCGCUACACGUGCACGGCCUCCAACAGUCUGGGCCGCGCGGAGGCCAGCGUCUACUUGUUCCGAUUCCACGGCGCCUCCGGGGCCCCGGCGCUCGCCCUCCCGCUCGGCGCGCUCGGCCUCAAGGCGUUACUGCUGCUCGGCAUUCUGGCCGCCCGCGCCGCCGCCCGCAGCCGCCUAGAGCACCCAGUUGCCCAGGACACCCCACCACGGCCCCAGGGUCAGGAGUCCACCUAUGAGAAUUUGAGCCAGAUGAGCCCUCGGGACCCACCAGCGGCCACAUGUAUACCAUGAGGAGCCCCUUGGCCACUGGCAUCCACUUGUACCCCAUGAAGAGCAGAGGCCAAGGCCAGGCUUGGCUGGGACAGCCCUUCGUGGCUCCCAGCCACGUGGGCAGCCCCUGGCUGGGCGACCUCACACAAAGGGUGUCAAGACCCCGCUCACAGAGGCUCAGUGGUCUCCUACAAGGAUGUCUGUCCCAGAGGCCCAGGAUAUUUAUGUCAGUGGGACCAGCAUUUUGAGUGUGUGUGUGUGUGUGUGUGUGUGUCUGUGUGUGUGUACGUGCACAUGCGUGCAAAGCUCCAGCAUGAAACUCACGGACAAACUCUCGUCCUUUCCUACAUAGAAUGUCAUAGUAGAACAGGCAGGACACUGGUCAGAGGGUCUCCCAGGCUCGGACUCGCUGUGGGGACCAGGGCACUUUUUUUCACCUCUCUGGGUCUCAGUUCAGCUACUUGUGAGCGUGGACAAUAGUAUUCCUCCCUCCUGGCUGCUCGGCAUGUCAAGAUCUGAGGAAAUAAUGGAAUGAAGGGACUUUGGGAAGUACACAGCCAUGUACAGAUUAAAUAUGGGGGGGUCACAGGCUCCUCCUUGCAGGCCCCCCUGGGACGUGCAGAGAGUUCUUGGACAAGUGGGGCCCCCACACCAGCCUGGCUGAGAAUGAGGAUUCCAGAGACCCACCCUGGGGCCAGGGCUUCUGAGGCUGCGUAAACCUGUGGUCCCAGGAACAUCCACUCAGCAGUGAGGAGAAGCCUGCUCCCCCUGCCUCCCAGGGUCUCCUCUGUGACUGCCCCCACCCUCUGCCCACCUCUUUGCCAUCGGCUGCUCUGCGCUCCUUGAGCUGGGACCCCCUGGGAACCCACUGUCUCCUGUAUCUGGGAUCCACUGCCCUCAAGGACCCAACGCUGAGAGGUUGGGGCCAGUCUGGACUGCAGGGCCCAUGGAUAAGGCAGCUGCAGCUGCGACAUCUCCCUAUGACCCGCACCCUCCCCGGACAUGAGGUCCAAAAGCACCAGCAAUUUCACCGCAUUUGCCCGAGGCCUCUCAGGCUGACUUUGUGGGGUGCUGCCUUCCACAUUCACACGUUAGUGCAAGCGUAUGCAUUUUAGCUCCCGCAGUCCCUGGGGUCAGGAGAGCGGGGGAGCAGGUGUGCUUGAGACCCGGGCAAGCUGGCAAGAGGAAAGGGCCACAGAGCUAGGGGACUGAAGAGGCGAUGGGGACAAACUUUUCCUCAGAGCUUUUCCCAAAGCUAGGCUGGUAACCCAGAGUGGGGAGGGGCCCUGGCUCAUGCUUUUCUGGGGAGGUGGCCUAAAGGGGAUGGAUCUUCACAAAUUAAUAAGCAGGGCAGUGGGUGGCGAGCUGCCCUUGUUCACCAGAGCCUUCGCCAGGGCCUGUGGGUGUCAGCAGCCCAUGGUUAACUUGGGAUCCAUCCAGGAGUCUGAACUGCCAAAAAUGCGUCAGCAUUUGCACCUCCUUGUACGAGGAUACCGUGGGCAUCUGCAUGGAGGGUCCUGUAUCACCAGCGAAGAAGCCAGGGACACGGGGGUGGUGCAUCUUGAAACAUCUGCAUGGACUUUGAGGCCUGUUUUGCAGCCAAGAAAAAACUGUGACAGCAGUUACUUCUUAAGGGUCCGUUUUGUGCGAGGAAUUGGGCCAGGCACGUGUAUGGAAAUGAGUAAGGGCUGUCUAUCAGUCAGUCUGGGCUCGGUUGUGCUGUGCUAACCAACAAACACCCGAAUCACAGUGGCUGAAAACAGGGUUUAUUCUCACCGAAGGUACGUGCCCAUCACGGGCUGGCGGGAUCCCAGGCUCCCAUGGAUCCAGCAUCUCUUGCUGUGGAUCAUUGGGUUGGAGAUAAAAAGAAAGCGCUAGAGGGUCUCCCACUUGAGAGCAGGACUAGCCACCUGCCCCACUCACCCUCAAGGCCCGGGCAGUGAAACCUGCCACCACCUGGAGUGAGGAAACCCAAAAGCCCGGGCAACAGCCCUGCGGGCUCCACAGUAAGACUCCAGGAUUUCUCACGUUAGCGAGCCAUGGACCAGUAAGUGGAAAAUCAAGGUGCUGUGGGAGCACACAGAAGGGAUCACUGACCCAGUCUUGGGAAGGCUUCCUGGAGAAGGGGACCUGGAGAUGGUACGUGUGAUGGGGGAGGAUGGAAAUUGGAAGGUUAAGAACAAAGGUGAUUCUAAGCAGAAAGGACAGUCUGGGCAAAGGCCAGGAGGUCGGACACAGCAUGAUGUUGAAGCAGCUGAAAGUUGCUGGAACAUGAGCACAGACAGAGGCACAGCGGCCGGAGCUGGGGCUGCAGCGAGAGGAGUCUCCCACACGGUGGCCAGUGCUGCCCCCAACAGGGGUGAGAAGCAGAAGGGAGCCGGGCACCCAAGCGGCCCAGCAUGGUGCUGACUCCCUGUACUGCCCAGCAGGAUGCUUUCCCCAGCCUGGCACUGCACCUGCCCCACAUGCACCACGCGCUUGGGCUGGGCUUUCCAUCUUGACACCCUGGGCUCUCAGAGCAGUGUUUCUGCGGUGCUUUCUGAGGGUCACCUGUGUCAGGAGCACCUGGGGAGUUUGCUUACAUCCCCAUUCUGAAUGCCACCUGGGCCUCCUAAAAGUGGGCUCUGAGGGUGGGCGCUGGAAUUUUAAACAAAUGCUCACGGGAUUUUGCCCGUAACUUUGUAUUGUGAUCAUUUUCCAGCAUGCACACACACACAGCUGAAAAAGAUGAUCAUCCAGAAGCCCACCACCUACAUUCAACAGUUACUACCAUUUUGCCAUAUUUGCCGUAUUUGCUAAUGUGCCCAUGCACGUGUGUGUGCAAGCGUGCACAUGCAUGUCUGUUUGGCUGAACUAUUCAAGAGAAAACCGUUCAAGACACCACAGUACUUCACCUCUAAAUACGUCAGCUUCAUCUCCGGAGAACGAGAGCAUGCUCCCCUAUAACUUCAAUGCCAUUAUCACACUGGAGAAAAUUAACAAUAAUUAAACAAUACCAUCUUACAGCCCACAUUCGUAUUUACCCAGUUCUCAAAAUGGUUUUUUUAGCUUGUUGCCUCUAGCCAGGGCCCAGUUGACUCCAGGCAAUUCUUCAGCAAGCUGGAGUCUGAGACUCCCUCUGGCUGGGGCGCAACUUACAAGGGAGCGAGCUAACCAGCCAGUGUUCCUUCCUGUGGUGUGUGCAAUGUGAAGUAGGUCUUCCAGAAACUGCAGAAGCGGCAUUCCUCAAAGAAAUUCGCCUCUGACGGAGUGGUUUCACACAUGGUGAUGGGCCGUGGGAGCACCCUGAGGAGGGACAGCAGAGGCUCCCUCUGGCACUCCCUCUACCAGUUUGCUCACAGGGCACAGGUAGCCUCCUGCUUGGUCUCCAGA